UUGAAAUUUGAAAAUGACAAUCUCUCUUUACUUUGAUUUUUAUGUGGAGUGUAUGAGAUGAUCAGAUGGAAUCAUGGCCCUCCCCCCUGGCCUUGUUGCAGAAAGCAAAAGGAGGUGAGUAGAAUAAGGAAAAGAAAGGAAAAAGAGGCAAUUGCCAGCCCUAUCCCAUCUCACUCUCACAUCUUCUAAUUCCUUUCAUUGACAAAUUAACCAGAGAAUUCAAGAUCAUCAUUCUCAUCUCAUCUUCUCCCAAGUAUUAUACCCAGAUGAACCUUCUUUCUCUCCUCCUCCUAUUCUGCUCCCCCCUCUUCCUUUGUUCAUGCAAGAUCCCAAGCAUAAUUCUCACUCAAGAAAGCGUUGGUACCAAAGAGCAAUGGAUGUGGCAACGCGAUGGAAAACAAUUAAUCCAAAACCAACGGAAAUUCCACGAGCUGCUACAAAUAUCACAAUGUGGAAAUCGUCGACAAUUUCUCGAUCAUCGUCAUCAUCAUCUAGCGACCUAACUAAUGCAACCGUCAACAACAACAACAAUGUUAAUAGUCGACAAAAAAUGAGGAGGUGCACAUCCUUAAAACUCGCAAGUUCUUUCACGCGUGUAUGUUUGUGUGCCCCCAUUGCUUCCUCUUACACCGACGUGUUCCAAAUGGAAUAUGUUCCUCCAAGGAGGAGUUAUAGCUAUCCCCGAUCAAAGCCACCAAAUUAUAAUAAUCAUAAUAAUAACAAUAUUCCAAUAGCACAACAACAACAACUACGGGGCGAGAGGAGGACAACGACGAUGAUGAUAAGUAGUGCGAGGAUGAGCACUAGUGGUUCCGAAGGAAGGAGGAUUUUUCGAGGGAAGUCAUUGACAGAUGAUGUCCUCAUGAGGAGGUUUGUUGUCGAAGAGGAGGCGGCUAUGAUGCAAGUUAGGAGGAGGAACGAAAUGGAUAUCAUUAGGAGAAGAGCUUCCUUAAUUAAGAGGAAGAGACUUGGACCUAGUCCUCUAAGUAGAAUGGUUUUGGCCGAGGAAUUAGACGAAGAUGUUCAUGAAUAUUAAUGUUAACGAUAGUCCCAUAUCAAUCCAUGUAGAACCGCGAUGUGUUUUUAUCGAGUUGAUCUUCAUCGUCACGUGCAUGUCAAUUUAUUCCCAUUUGAUUAUUGUUCAAUUAAUUGUGUGGUUUUACUCAUGCAUUUCCAAUUUUCAAUAUCCAA